CUGGAGUUGGAAGUGAGCGGCGAUGACCCUCUCUGAAGGCACCAGUGCCAGCCACAUGUCAGCACCACCGGCCAUCACCUCCGAAGAUGCGGACAUCGAUGUCGUCGGUGAGGGCGACGCGGGCGCGGACAGCGACUGCGACUGCCAAGGAGACCUGGGAGGCAUGCAGGAGAUAAGGGUUACGGAGAUGACAGGUAACUCGUGUGAAUACGAGAGAGCAGGCGAUGGGCAGAGCACUGGGAACGAGCAGGGAUGUGCGCCAGGUCCGACACAGAAGAAGCCGAAAAGCAGCUUGGUAAAGCCGCCGUAUUCCUACAUUGCGCUCAUAACCAUGUCCAUCCUGCAGAGCCCACAAAAGAAACUGACUCUCAGUGGUAUCUGCGAGUUCAUCAGCAACCGCUUUCCGUACUACAGAGAGAAGUUUCCAGCCUGGCAGAAUUCAAUCCGACACAACCUGUCCCUCAACGACUGCUUCGUCAAAAUCCCAAGGGAACCGGGAAAUCCUGGCAAGGGUAACUACUGGACGCUGGACCCGCAGUCGGAAGAUAUGUUUGAUAACGGCAGCUUUCUAAGGAGACGGAAGAGAUUUAAGAGGCACCAGCCAGAUAUACUCAGAGACCAGACCACCAUUCUGAUGCAGACCUUUGGGCCAUACAACGUUGGGAAUCCGUACGGUCGUCACUUUGGGAUGCCCCCACCAGCUUUCUCUCCUGCCGCCGGUUUGCAUUAUCCAUACAUCCCCUCUCUGACUGCGAUGCUUCCACCUGCGGUGCCGCUGUUAUCCUCCGCUGAACUGAGCCGAGGGCCGUACAGCCCUCAGGCCGGGCCGGGCAUUCAGCUGCAGCUGGAUGGCGCAGGGACGGCGUCGGGUACGAAGGCAGCGCUCCCCAGAAGGCCGUCAUUUAGCAUAGAAAACAUAAUCGGGGCGUCCAGCACUUCGUCCGAUUCAGAGACAGUCACCCGGCCCCCGGCAGCAAUUCAGUCCGCCUUACUGAGCGCACAGUCACUGCUGAUAUCCCGGACGUCACCAGCUCUUACACCCGUCUUCAGCGUGCCGACAAACAUUAUUUCGGCACAGUUUUUACCAACAGCCUCCAAUGCACCGACAUCGAAAUGGCAUUCUUCAUAGUUGUUUUUAAUCAAUCACAGCUAAUUACAACAAUGAUAUACGCCUACAGCAAGCACUCGGCUUUAAAUAUAUGGGCACACUUUAUGUGAAGAUGAAUUGUAAAUAUUUGUAAGAAAGUGUUUUUUAAAAUUUAGUUUGACUAAGAAGGAGAAUUUUAAAUAAAAAAAAAAAGUUCAUAAGAUUUUAAAUUUUGUUUUGUAUAUCCAUAGUAUUGUAAAUGUCACCUAUUAAUAAAUGAGACUGUAUACAGAUCCUCUCCCAGAUACGCAUGAGAUUCGCGUGGUUUUCGACAGUUUGAGUUUCGUGUUUCGCGGCUGCGUGCCGAAGACAAACGUCCUGCAUCAUUGCUUUAUAUAGGACGCCAGUAUGACACCCAGCCCAGAAAUGUAACUACAGUAAAAUAUGAUUUAAAAAUAAAACGCAAAGACUUCAGGUGAACUAUAUAAACAGAGGAGGUGUGUCUGUUUGGGUUUAUAUUCAAUGUUCACAAAAUAGCACGAACAGAGAAUAUUAAUGCCGACAUAUCCUGCAUUACAGUGGUAAUAAAUCCCUUACAUGAAUAAUAAUAAUAAUUGGUAGUUGCAAAUUCGUACAGUUUUAUAUGUGUAAUUUGAAAGUUAGUAUUUUAGAUACAUUUUUAAAGAAAAACAAACGAAUGAAAAGGGCGACAAUAAUCAAAUAAAAACAGGUAUUUUCAUAGCUAUAGUAGUUUUGUUACGUGCACAGCGGUAAGUUUAAUAUGACCAUAAAAUUGUUAGCUUAUUUACUCACGCAUCUAAAUAUUUCGAACUUUAGGAACUUAGAAAACUUUGCAAUGAGCUGACUUUUAAAUAAAAAUAUGCUAAUAAAUACAAAAAUAAUAAAAGAACACUAUAAAUUUAGUAUGUUUUUGCAGUAAUGUGCCUAUUUUUAUACCAUUUAAUAAAAACGUUCAUGUUUAUUUAUAUUACAUAUAGUUGAAUGAUGAAUCUUGCCACAAAAUAGUGAUUAAAGUAUCACUAAUGGAGACAAAAUUCAUGACAAUCAAAAACAAAUGACUCCUUCUUUGAGGGGAAGCUGUGGUACCGAUGCAUGACUGGCUGGAUGGUCGCUUUUCAAACGGACCGCGAACCGUCACGUCUAUUUGCAAAAUGCAUGAGUGGAUUUUGUGUUUUUUUCCGUAAGAAGCUGCAAUGCAAAUUAAUUUUUACUUUUAAAUUAUGUUGUGUUUACCAAACCAUCACGCCGUCUUCCCGCCAAUUAUGUCCGGAGCCCAGUAAAUGGGAGUGCCACCCAUGUUGGGGUGAAUUCAGCCAGGUCUUGUGAUGUACUUGUGAUGUCCCGGCUUCUAAAACAUACACCCUGUCGCUUCUUACAGGUCAGCAUUUGAUUUAACCAGAAUUGACAUUUUGGAAGAAAAGCUUAACUUGAUCCCCCUACCGAUUUAUCUAACAUUACGUGCACCGCCCUUGUCAUUCAAAUCUGAAAUGUCAGCAAAGACAUUAUAGGAACUUGCCCUGGUUAUUGAAACUAAUUGUAAAACUGGCGAGCUGAUAAACCUGAGUUGGAAGGUGCUGUUCUAUCCGUAAAGAAACGUGUGAUUAAAUGGGAUAAUGUGCUAUUGAAGACAUAAGACAGAAUCCGCAAGGCUCAUUUUAGUCUGAUACCAAAUGAUUUUCUCCAACUUAAUCCCCUGUGAUAAUUUCUUCAUAAACCUGAAUAUUUUAUAGGCUAAUACGAACUGAACAGAAGCCAUCUAAAUCACCACCCCCUGAUUUACCAAAUAUCGGAAUCGUUCCGAGUAAUUCUAAAUACACGUUUUACAGUUUACACAGUGUCCCUGACGUGAUGGAGUUACAUUAUAACUAUCUUUAUAAAUUUCACACUUAAACAACGCCUUCUCUGUUUUCUUAUAAAGCGUUGAAUAACAAUUUGUUUACUCUUAUGAACAAUGAGUCCAUUCUUUCCCAAAGAAACGGGCAAAAAUGAUGAACAGACCCUAUCAUACAAACGGCUGCCUUAAACGUCCGGUACUUUGAUGUUGUUAGUAAACUUAUGAACUAGAUAGAUGUCGUGCUCACCAUGUGAUGAAAAUGUGACAUUCGAAGUGGGUGGAGGUACAAUCACAUUUGAGGGUCGUAACUAAUUGAAACGAUUUAGUAUGACUGCGCUUAAAGGCGUAAUACAGCUACCCUCGGUCGUUUUUGUGUGGUUGAAUCACAAGCAGAGUUUUGC